AUGGCGGACUCAUCUGCCUCCACUUCGGGCGCCGUUCCUGGCGAGUCGCCCGCGCAGAAGCAAGCACGCCUGAGAAGAGAGCGAAGAGCCGCCAAGCUGCAAGACGGGGAGAACCGUCUGCACGCUAUCACCGCGCUUCAAGGCGGCACGCACAGGGAUGUUAAGAAAGAUCUACCCGCGAAACCAACACCCUCUGCAUCACCACAACCUGGGCUCUCAGGUACUGCGACACCUGACCCGGACGAAAUCGAUAUCUCAGAGCAUCACUACACACCUUCCUCACAAGCCCACCUACCCUCGCCAUUCGCCUUCAAUGGCACCUCACCUCCACAGUUCGGUGCGGGACAGGCACCCGAUGGCGCGCAAGAUAUGAUGGCAUUAAUGCAGCAGAUGAUGGGUGGGGGAGGACCAGGAGGUAUGCCCGGGGGACCCGGACAGCCAGGCGCGCCGGGCGAUCUUCCACCAGGCCUGGCAAAUCUUUUCUCCGCUAUGGGAGGCGGUGGAUCUGCGCCCGACCCCUCCCCAGAGCAGUCAUCGGCAUGGAUAUGGCGGCUGGUCCAUGCCCUCUUCUCCUUCGGCCUCGCAGUGUACAUUGUACUUCGUACGCCCUUCACCGGCUCCAAGCUCUCGCGCGAGUUCCACGGCGACAACGAUGACUGGGCAAGCGACAGCACUGCGGCAGAUACCUUUGCGCACUUUUUCUACCUCUUCGCCACAUUCGAAGUUGUCCUCCAGACAUCCCGCUACUACAUCGAGCGCGGCCGAUUACAAGGAAGCGGCAUCCUCAGUACCGUUGGUGGAUUGCUUCCGGAGCCAUACGCGGGAUACGUCAGGGUUGUUGGACGGUACAGCGUCAUAUACAGUACCGUGGUGAGCGAUGCAAUGGUCAUUGUUUUUGUUUUGGGAGCGACUAGCUGGUGGAAGGGUGGCGCGGCUUCCUGA